AGUAGGUAUCCCUGCAAGACCAAAAAGUCCUUUGGAUCCCAAGAAGGAUGGAGAGUCUAUUUCAUACUCUGUCUUGCCUUUAAGUGAUGGUCCAGAAGGUUCCACAAACAGUCGUCCACAGAUGAUAAGAGGGCGACUUUGCGAUGAGACCAAACCUGAAACUUUUAACCAGCUGUGGACUGUAGAGGAACAGAAAAAACUCGAGCAGUUGCUUUUGAAGUAUCCACCAGAGGAGGUAGAGUCCCGACGGUGGCAGAAGAUAGCAGAUGAACUGGGAAAUAGAACAGCAAAGCAGGUUGCCAGUAGAGUGCAGAAAUAUUUUAUUAAACUGACUAAAGCUGGUAUUCCAGUUCCAGGAAGAACACCAAACUUAUAUUUAUAUUCCAAAAAGGUGAGACAAGAUUACAGAAUCCUGUGUUUCUGUUUGCAUUUAUGUGCUUGUUGAGUCAGAAUCAUUAAUAUAUUUAAUAGAUUAAUAAAGUUACUUAUUGAAGUAAUCUUUUUCUUUUGCCAGUAGCACUAUGGAGUGGAUUGGACGUUAAUUCUGGUUUCACAUUGACAGCUCUUGGGGAGUAGAAGUGUUCAGGUUGCAGGUUGAACUGGCAGGAUAGAAUGAUGGUCUUGGGGUAGUUCUUCCUCCAUAUAAAUUUACUAAAACUGAUC